UGGUGUCUCUGAGUCCUGAGGCUACAGUUUCCUAGUGUCGGUCCGGUCUUGACUGAAAGGGGAGCUGGGAAGGGCCUCCAGACUGGGAAGGAAUCUCCACUGAGAAUACUCUGACUCGACUGAUGGGAGCUGCUGUCGAUGCCACCAUGCCAAGUGGAUUAUUCUGCCUCUUAUUCCUCUGCAUCUUCCGGGGCUCCCUCUGCCAGUGCAACACAGGCAGUGCCAAUGAGUGCUCUGGCACCACUUUCAUACCAGGGGCCAGGCUGGCGGGGGAGGGCUACGACGUGGUGACCCUGCGCACCAAGGGGGCCUCCGUGAUCGAUGUUGACACCUGGCUCCACCCAGACGGCACCUGCACCCUCUGCAGAAACCGGCUGCUGGCCAAUGCCCGGCAGCGCCUGCCCCUCUCGCUGGUGGACUGGCGGGUCCGUCCGUCCUGCACGCGCUCGCUGUCCAGCCGCCUCUUCCGCUCCGCCGCUGAGCUGGCCAAGUCCGCCACCUCGGCCAUCUCCAACGAUUGGAAGGCUGACCUCCAGGUACUCAUCAAGCACACCACCGCCAACUUCGUGGUGGCUGGUUCCAAGUCCAAGCUGACGACUUUUGGCAUGAAGAGAUCCAAAUCGGACAAGUACAGCUUCACCAGCCACGAGUUCCACUGCCAAUACUACCAGUACCGGGUGAAGGACCAGCCCCUCUUGGCUGCCCAGUUUGCGCAAUCCCUGGCAUUGCUGCCCAACGCCUCACACGAGGGCACCAGGUACCACUACAGGAAGCUGGUGGCCACCUACGGCACCCAUUUCAUCAGGUCGGUGGUGCUGGGCGGUCUCUUCAAGGACGUGACGGCUAUUCAGACCUGUGAGGCGGCGUCCCAGGGCUAUACCUCGGAGGAGGUAAAGGACUGCCUGGCAAGGGAGGCCGGCACCCAGACGGGGAUAGCGGUCAGAGCCACGGCGAGAUUCCAGCGGUGCAAGGAGUUGGCGCGCGCCAUGGGGCACGGAGACAGCGUCCACCAGGCCUUCAGGGACCGGAAGACGGAAGUGAAGGGGGGUAAUGCCCGGCGGGGAGCGGACCUCUUUUUCUCCGAGGAUGGUGCAGCCUUCACCCGCUGGGCAGACAGCCUGCCCGACAGUCCGGGCAUGGUGCGGUACGCCCUGGAGCCCCUCCACCACCUGCUGCCCCGCUCCGACCCGCGCCACGUCAACCUGCGGCGCUACAUCAGCGACUACAUCACAGCCAACGCCCUCUCCCGGCAGUGCGACGGGGGCACCCAGUGCCCCUCCGGCUCGCACCAGGACUGGCGGGACCCCUGCUCCUGCCUGUGCCACCAGGACAGACUGCUGGACCGCCAGUGCUGCCCCAAGGUGAAGGGCAUGGGGCGCCUGUCGGUGACGGUCAAGCAAGGGUUCGACCUCUGGGGGGACCGCUUCAGUGCCACCGACGGCUACGUCACUGUCCAAUACGGCCAGGUGAAGCUCACCACCUCGGUGGUAUCGAACAACAACAACCCGACGUGGAACUCCAGGUUGGACCUGGGGGAGGUGCAGGCAGGAACUGGCCAGAUGUUGACCAUCGAGGUCUGGGAUAGCGACGUGAUUGUUACUGAUGACCACUUGGGCACGUGUGAGGUAGAACUUUGUUCCGGCCAGCAGGACCUGGUCUGUUACCUCAAGUAUGGCAAAGUGACCUAUAGCUACACGCUCACUUGCGGACCCCACCUGGGGGGUCCUACCUGCCGGAGUUAUGUGCCCCGCCCUGAUGGUCCGGCCUUCACCCCUUACCAGUCGCUCACCAACUUUACCCUUCGCCCCAUUUCCCCCUGCCCCUCUCCCUCCGAAGACACCCUCCCCCCUGUCGUGUUCCCUUGAGGGUUACCCUUCCGCACCCCCCUCCACCUCCCCUCCCCCCCCCACACACCACCCCCACGUCAGUGACCCUCUCCCCCUCCACCAUUCCCAUUCCCACAUUCCAGUUCCUGACCAGACAGCCUCUGGGAGGAUCCAUCGGGGGAUUGGAAUUCCCGGCCUCAACGGCCAUGAGCCCUACGGAUUUCAGACCCAGCCUGCUCCAUGUCCCUGGACUAUAUGGGAUAGAAGACACCUCCCACUGGAGCUGAGAUCCACCUAGCUUUGCUUGAAGAGUUUCCUGUAGAAUUUGGCGCUACCCUGAGCAUUGCUUUGCAUUUAGAGGUGGAACUAGUGCAUCAAAUUGAAACGCUGAUUGCCAUCAAGCUGCCUGGGGUUGAGUCAGUCACAGGGAGUGCACCUCCCUCCACGCCAAUAAAUACCCAGUCAGCAACUGCUCUCUCACUGUGUUGAGAGAAGGGGCCACCAUCAACCUUGUGUUUCAGGACAACUUCAACCGAGUCCCACGAGGUGCCUGCGCUUUGUGAAUUCAGUUCAUCUUGUUUCAACCAUUGCCCCAAGUCCAAAAGCAGCAUUUCUGGAGUGGCACUAUAUCGUAGCACAGCAGUUCAUGCGCUGAACUUUGCUCUGCAAGGGAUGCUUGGAAAUAUUUACAAUUAAGGAAGGAGUGCAGUGCACCAGGUGGUGUAGCAUCAACAAUAUAAAUCAGGCAGACAUGCGCUUGAAUCCAUGUAAUCUUAUCUUUGUCAAUAAA